GAAACUCAGAUUGAAUAAUUUACCAAACUGCACAAAUGGUAACUCAAGAGAUGGCUGCCCAGUGUGUCACAAAGGUGGAACUGAAUAUUUCCUGUGACAAUCUUUUGGAUAAAGAUGUAGGGUCAAAGUCAGACCCUUUGUGUGUGUUAUUUUUGAAUACGAGUGGUCAACAGUGGUAUGAGGUUGAGCGCACAGAAAGGAUUAAGAAUUGCUUGAAACCCAAAUUUUCCAAGACAUUUAUUAUUGAUUACUACUUUGAAGUGGUUCAGAAAUUGAAAUUUGGGAUUUAUGACAUUGACAACAAAACUGUCGAGCUGAGUGAUGAUGACUUCCUAGGAGAAUGUGAAUGUACCCUUGGACAAAUUGUUUCCAGUAAGAAACUAACUCGACCACUGGUGCUUAAAAAUGGCAGACCUGCAGGGAAAGGAAGCAUUACGAUUUCAGCUGAAGAAAUAAAGGAUAACAGAGUUGUCUUGUUUGAAAUGGAAGCAAGAAAACUUGAUAAUAAGGAUCUAUUUGGAAAGUCAGAUCCAUACCUGGAAUUCCACAAGCAGAUGUCUGAUGGAAACUGGCUAAUGGUUCAUCGAACAGAGGUUAUUAAAAACAACUUGAAUCCUGUUUGGAGGCCUUUUAAAAUCUCUCUUAACUCCCUGUGCUAUGGAGAUAUGGAUAAAACUAUUAAGGUAGAGUGUUAUGAUCAUGACAAUGAUGGGUCCCAUGAUCUCAUUGGAACAUUUCAAACCACCAUGACAAAACUGAAAGAAGCCUCCAGAAAUUCACCUGUUGAAUUUGAAUGCAUAAAUGAAAAAAAGAGGCAAAAGAAGAAAAGCUACAAGAAUUCAGGUGUUAUCAGUGUGAAACAGUGUGAGAUUACAGUGGAAUGUACAUUCCUUGACUAUAUCAUGGGAGGAUGUCAACUGAAUUUUACUGUGGGAGUGGACUUCACUGGCUCCAAUGGUGAUCCAAGGUCUCCCGACUCCCUUCAUUACAUCAGCCCCAAUGGUGUUAAUGAGUAUUUGACUGCAAUCUGGUCUGUGGGACUGGUCAUUCAAGAUUAUGAUGCUGAUAAGAUGUUUCCAGCUUUUGGUUUUGGAGCUCAGAUCCCACCUCAGUGGCAGGUUUCUCAUGAAUUUCCAAUAAACUUUAAUCCAUCCAAUCCCUACUGUAAUGGAAUUCAAGGCAUUAUAGAGGCAUAUCGGGCCUGCCUUCCUCAGAUAAAACUCUAUGGACCAACUAAUUUUUCUCCAAUCAUAAAUCAUGUGGCCAGGUUUGCUGCUGCAGCCACACAACAACAGACAGCUUCUCAAUAUUUUGUGCUCUUAAUCAUUACCGAUGGCGUGAUCACAGACCUUGAUGAGACCAGACAAGCUAUCGUUAACGCUGCCAAGCUGCCUAUGUCCAUCAUCAUUGUCGGAGUCGGAGGUGCUGACUUUGGUGCCAUGGAGUUUCUGGAUGGUGAUGGUGGAAGUCUCCGCUCCCCGUCGGGCGAGGUAGCCAUCAGGGAUAUUGUCCAGUUUGUGCCUUUCAGACAGUUCCAGAACGCUCCAAAAGAAGCCCUUGCUCAAUGUGUCUUGGCGGAGAUCCCCCAGCAGGUGGUAGGCUACUUCAACACAUACAAACUCCUUCCUCCCAAGAGCCCGGCUACGAAAUGAAAGGAGCUCUGGUCGCCUGAGCAGAAAGAAGUCUUUUGUGCUGUGUGGAGCAAUGGAUUUCCCUCUGACCCCAAAUCAUGAAUCUGUCAUUUUACACACUUCUCACGAACCCCAGCAUUUAUGAUGCAAACCUAGUUCUCUAUGGAUUAUGUCUAUUUAAAGCAUUCUUUUUUACUUUUUUUGGAGGAAAGUGCUAACUUAAUCUUUGCCUAAUCAAUUCAGUGAUUGCUAGUGAUUUACAGUAAUUGCAGUGAGGCUAUUUGGAUUAGAAACUGGUGUGAGAAAAGCGGAUUUUGUUCUUGUGGUUGUUUACUUUCAUAUGAUGAAAAUGCUGUUUUUGAAUGUUUGUAAAUAAGAAAGAGUGGAAAAUUGUUGGAAUGAUGCGAAGGUUGCCGUGCUUUGCUCUAGGCAAUAUAUGUUUUAUAAGCCAAUGUCCAUGCCUGACAGCAAGGGCUUCUUAAAUUAGAUGAUAUUGAAUUUGUUUCUAGAACUAUACUUAGUGCUAUUCCAUGGGAUAAAACUACGUUUACUUGUGCCUGAAUUUUGCUGCAAUUUAGACAUGCACAGUUCAAAACAGCACGCAUCUUCAUAGGACUUCAUGAAAAGUACCGAAUGAGAAGGGAAGGCACAUAUUCAGUUCUUAAAAUUGUACGAUCAACAAGUAAAAGGAACCUCAUGUAAGUAAGCCAUUUUUAUUUGCCUUCCUAGAUCUUUCUUUUUCAUUAUUGAAUACUGUAAACAUGGUCAGAUUUGACCUUUUCAUUGAUUGUAUGUGACACUCAGGAUUCUGUAUCUGCAUUGAUGAUAGGUAGCCCUAGAUUCAACAUUAUUAGAUUAUUUUAAUUGGAGUUUGUUAAAAUGGUCAGGAUGGGUUUAUCCAGGAAAACUAUAAGGACAAAACAUAUAAGGGGAAAUUCAGAAUUCUAUUUCCUUUUAAUCAGUGAAAGACUUAUUAAAAAAAGCAAUGUUUAUACUUUCCUUGUUAAGGUCCCAUAUAUUGAUUUGUACAUUUGUGUAGAUUCAUUUAGAUAUUCUCUCUUUUUUUUUUAAGUAACAUUUUUAGUCUGAUUUUUUUUAAACUCAUGAUAGUGGUUAUUAAUCAAAAUCAUAUCUUAUGUUUUAAUAAUGAGCUAUUUCCUAAAUCCAGAAUGUAUUGUAUUAAGCAUAAAACCUGUUAUAACUU